GGCCCCGCCCGCCGCGCAGAGCCCGGAAGUCAGCCGUCCCGCCCCCAACCCCGGAAGUCGGCGGCCGGCCGCCUGCCNGCCACAGGUCCCGGCUCUGCGCCCGCGUCCGCCGGGUCGAGUGCUCGCCCCUGUCUCUCGCGGAGAGUGGUGCACGCUCAGUCCAGGGAUGUACAUGCAGGUGGAGUCACGCACCAGCUCCUGCCUCCAUCUGAAGAGGGCUCCGGGCAUCAGGUCCUGGUCUUUGCUUGUUGGAAUCUUGUCGAUUGGCCUGGCUGCUGCCUACUACAGUGGAGAUAGUCUGGGCUGGAAGCUCUUCUAUGUCACGGGCUGCCUGUUCGUGGCCGUGCAGAACCUGGAGGACUGGGAGGAAGCUGUCUUCAACAAGAGCACCGGGCAGGUUGUUCUGAAGACAUUCAGCUUGUACAGGAAGCUGCUGACUCUUUUCAGAGCUGGCCACGACCAAGUGGUUGUCCUGCUGAAUGACAUCCGGGAUGUGAACGUGGAGGAGGAGAAAAUCCGGUAUUUCGGGAAGGGCUACGUGGUGGUGCUGCGGUUUGUGACUGGCUUCUCCCACCCCCUCACCCAGAAUGGUGUCAUGGGCCACCGCAGUGACGUGGAAGCCAUCGCCAAGCUUAUUGCCACCUUCCUGGAACUGCACGGCUUGGAGAGUCCCGUGGAGCUGUCUCAGAGCAGUGACAGUGAGGCUGAUGGCCCAGGAAGCCAGAGCUAAUGCCCACAGAGCCCAUGGCGCCCUGGUGGGCCUGAUGGGCCACCAGCAAGUCUUCCUGCAGCACCUGGCUGUGUCCCUGGCAGCCCCAGGGUGGGACCCUCAGCCAUUCCUGCUGCUUGCUUCUGCCCUCUGAGCAAAACCACAGGCUGGACCUUCUCUGCAGGCUCUGAGCGGCUUCCUCCUGGCAUCAGAUGGUUGGCCCCAGACUGGGCAGUGUGGUUGGGACGUGAGGACACACGCACCCCCACUGCCCACCAGCUGUGUAGGGAUUAGGUCUCUGAAAUGGAAGGGAUGCCCAGGUUCCCUGGGAUGGGCAGGGAGGUUCACCAGCACCGGCUCCCCCUGCAGUUGGACACCCUAGUGAGAGCAAGGCUUCAGCAGGUAUGUACAGGGCCAGCAGCUGGGUCAGGCUCCAAGGAUGCCAGGAGGAUGCCCACACUGGUGUGUUAUCUCUGGGAAUCCUAGUGGGCCCCGCCCCACGUGCUGCAGCCCUUCCCUAGCUCAACGUCCUCAGUGGUUAGAGUGUGGUGCUUGUCCAGGGUCUGCAGGGCCCAGGGUGGAUGCUGAGGGUCCCACCUGGUCUGUGCACUGCAGCCACUCCCAAGGCCUCCCCAACCCACGGACAGCCCCUGUCCAGCUGGGCCUGCAGCUGGGGUGGGGGAGGCCUCAUGCAGGGCCUAGACCAGGGCGGCUCCCUUAAGAACCCAGGCAGGCUGUGGGGCCCAGGGCUGCUGCAGAAACCCCCACACAGCUGGGGCAGCAAGGGUACCUCUGAGCGGGUGCUCAGGAGCUGUGCCUAGGAAUGGCUGGGGAGCAGGGAGCACUGCGUGAGGAGGGCAGUCUCCGGGGAGGGCCGCCCCCUUCUUAGCAGAGGGGGAUACAGUCAUCUGCACAUGCCAAAGUUGGGUUUUUAAGUGGUAAAAUCUGAACCUUUUUCUAAAAUAAAGUAUAAAAUGCUGUAA